CGUUAUUGCUUCUGCUUCUUUCAUCUUCAACAUUAUCAUCGAUCAACUAAGAGAGAUGGAAGGAGCAGUGGAGAUGGAUGUGGAAGAAGAAUCAACCCCCAGCUCAAACUCAUUCAAGCGCGUCGGACUCAAAAACUAUAUCCAAACUAAUUUCGGAGAUGAUUACGUCUUCGAAAUCGUUCCCAAGGAAGAUUGGAGCUCAAUGGCGGUGUCACUCUCGACGAACGCCGUGAAAUUUUACUCUCCGGUGAGUGGACAGUAUUUGGGGGAAUGUAAAGGUCACACUUCAACGAUCAAUCACAUUUCCUUUGCGGCGAGUCCUUCACUUCCGCAUGUGCUGCACUCUUGUUCUUCCGAUGGCACCAUCAGAGCUUGGGACACUAGGUCAUUCCACCAGGUAUCUUGCAUAAAUGCGGGGGCUUCUCAAGAGGUAUUCAGCUUCUCAUUUGGGGGAGCAGCUGAUAAUCUUGUUGCAGCAGGGUGUAACUCUCAGAUACUCUUCUGGGACUGGAGGACCCAAAAGCAGGUUGCAUGCUUGGAUGAAUCUCAUAUGGAGGAUGUUACUCAAGUUAAAUUUAUUCCAGGCCACCAAAACAAGCUUCUUUCUGCUUCUGUUGAUGGAUUGAUGUGUUUAUUUGAUACUGCUGGGGAUAUCAAUGAUGAUGAUCAUUUGGCCUCAGUGCUCAAUGUUGGGACGUCAAUUGGAAAAGUUGGAUUUUUUGGAGAGACAAAUAAAAAACUUUGGUGUUUAACUCAUAUAGAAACGUUAAGUGUCUGGGACUGGCAAGAUGAAAGGGCCGAAGCAACAUUUGACGAUGCCCGGUCUUUGGCAUCCAAAAACUGGAUUUUAGAUCAGGUGGACUAUUUUAUUGAUUGCCACUACUCAGUCGAGGAAGACCGCCUGUGGGCAGUAGGCGGGACAAAUGGUGGCACAAUAGGAUACUUUCCCAUAGGUUACAAAGGGACUCUAGCAAUUGGGCCCCCAGAUGUUGUUUUACAAGGUGGACAUGAAGGUGUAGUUAGGAGUGUGGUGCCAGUGUCCAGAUUGCCCGCUGGAAUCACUCAAAACAAAGGCAUAUUUGGAUGGACGGGAGGUGAAGAUGGUCGCCUAUGUUGUUGGCUGUCUGACAGAUCAGCUGAUAUGAACCGAUCAUGGAUCUCAAGCACUCUAGCUUUGAAAUCGCCAAAACCACACUUGAAAAAGAGGCAUUCUCCAUAUUAGCAGCACUUAUGUUGUUGUAAAGUAGUUUAUACCCUGUGUGUGCGUGUGUGUGUAUGUAUGUGUUUUUUUCAGUCAUGUUUAUUUAGAGUAGAUUCAUUUCUCCUUGAGACAAGUAUCUUUUUCCUAGUUUUAGUAGUUUGUAGUUUGAGUGGGCUUUGGUUUUCGGGUUCUCACAAAAUUUUCUCGACUUCCGAAUGUUGCACUUAUACAGUAAUGAAUUGUGAUAUCUGGCAAAUUUAGAU